AUGUGUAUUUAAAAGUCGAGGGAGGCGGUGCGGUCGUGAUCACACCAGGCGGAGGGUCCCCCACGGCGUCCUCAAGAAGGUUUAAAGAACCGAAACUUGAGGCCCUUGAUGACGAUGCUCCACACGCCGGCGAUGACCAGCAGGAUGCUCAGGGCCAUGCCCAGCACCCCCAGGACCAUGUUGAUACCCCACAUCAGGCUGUACCUCUUGGGCUUCUUGAUGCUCAGCCACAUGAAGCACGGGUACGACAACGUCACCGGCAGCGCCACGCCACCGACGAGGCUGGCCAUGUCGGAGAGGAACGGGAAGGCCACGCCGAUGAGGAAGGCGAUGGCCCCGAAGAGGACGCGCAUGGCCGAUCGGAGCCACUUCGGGCAGGGCUUGUUCUUCUUUUUCGUGUAGCCCGCCUCCAUUAUGUCGAACAUCGGCAUCCCGUAGAUCUGGAAGGCGCAGAGGCAGUUGACCACGACGAGCAUCGCCGUCAACCCCAGCACGCGCUUUGA